AUGGAGAGCGUACCACAUGAUGACAGCCUAGGGACCGAAGAGAUGCAAGAUACCGUCGAUGUCUCCAUCACGAUGCCCAGGCAGACGACAGAGGACUCUAGAUUUUGUAAGAUUUGCUAUUCACUAACAAACCCAAUAGACAUGAGAGACGAUCUGAUCUCCCCUUGUGACUGCAAGGGAUCCAUCGGCCUUGUCCACGGGGUGUGCCUAAAUAUGUGGAGGUACCGGGGAAAAAGAAUAAGGGAUAUAAGAAAGUGCGAGCAAUGCUCUUCGUUCUACAGGCUGGACAACGAGAUAGUUCCCCACAGGAUUGUUGUCUCGCUUAUAACUGUCGGAGUCUUGCUAAUGGUAUACCUGGUGUUGACCAUCUUGUUUAAGUCGUUGGUUAAUGCAUUCAUCAUAAUAAUAAGAGACUUCUUCUUUUCAGACAUUCAUAGGCUGGUGGACCUUGAGACUGGAAGAGGCCUUGAGUAUGUUUUCCUCCAUAAGCAGCCCCCUGUAGAGUACAGGCUUGUUGAAACAAACGGCUUCAUAUAUCUCUUUAUCAUGAUUCUGUUCUACCAGAUCUUCUCAGGAACGAGCUUCUUUUCGAUAUUCAACUAUAUGUUUACAUUUUGGAGGCUGAACCAAUUUGACUUUCCAGUAGACAAGAUUCUGUUUGGAUUCAUGUCCGUGUACUACAUGAGAAGGGCGUAUAACGAUGCCUACAGCAGAAUUGACUCAGGGCUCAUCUUCUUCUUGAACUACAAGUAG